UUUUCUAGAAGAGUCACUGUAAAAUGCUGUUUAGUGCAUGUUUAUUGGUUUAUGAUUUGCCCAACCUAAAUGUAAACAAUGAAGAGGCAUUUCUGAGCAAGGUGCCAAAAUCUAAUAGGGUCCUAAUAGUUACACCCUCUGAACCUCUGGACAAAAUGCGCAACGAUAUCUGCAGUGUCCGAGGAGGUUAUGAGAAUAUGCCAUUCUUAAAGUUAAACACCUUGUCACAAUUCUACUUGUAGCCUCCUGAGGUCGCUGAGGGUCUGCCGUCUUGUUGAGGUUAACUGAGGUCGCAAUUCCUUGUUGGCUAACUAAAAGGAUCGCGGCAUAUGGGUAGGACAGAAAACGAGCUUUAUAGUGACUGUAAUCUUUUCUUUACAAAAUGUUACACCCGCUCACGAGAGAAAAAGUUUGAAAAUAUAUCUAUUCUUUGAGAGUAGACUCAACCCGUUUAAAACUGGUUAACUCAUUUGUUUGCUGCUGAUGGACAGACUACUUGCCUGUCUUGUCAUGACCCCUAGUCACGCGCAAAUGGGGACAGAGGAGUCUAAUUUGAUCGUAAUUCUAGCUAAAUUCACUGUACAAUUACAACGUGAAAUCAAUCUUGUUGAUUCACAUAAUUGUACGUGAUCAAUCUAAGCGUCAUGUGAUCGUGUCAAUCAUGUUACGCGUCUUGAAAUUCUGUGCACAUGAGCCCUGACGAGCCGAAAAUGUCAGAAAAUGGAACUCCGUGGCGAAGAAUGAUCAUGAACGAGGCACGAAUUCCUAAGAACAAACAAAAGAGAAGUUUAAUUUUUUACAAACAUUUAGAUUUGGUUUGUCGCUUUAUUGCUUGCCCUAGCAUCAGUAGUAAAGCUACAACAACAAAAUGUAGGCAUUUUACCUUCAGUCCGUUAAUCCAAAAGUCCGAUCCGGGUGAUUGCGAACCGCGCAAAUUUUCUCGAAUUAACUCCUGGGAGUCUGGACACUAGCAAGAUAUGUAAAUUCCAAGGUUUGUUGGUAGAUAGAUGGGUUUGUUCCUGUAGUAGUCGUUCAAAAGCAGUCUUCUGCAGUUCGUCGUUUUCAUGUGAUGAAAUCAGCCGACCUGGAUGACUCAUUCGACUACCUCUUUAAAAUAGUUUUAAUCGGCGAUCCAGGAGUCGGGAAGACAUGCAUUGUGCAACGUUUCAAGAAGGGAACGUUCGUCGAGCGGCAUGGCAGCACGAUCGGCGUAGAUUUUACGAUGAAAACGCUGGUAGUCGACUCGAAAAAAGUCAAGUUGCAAGUAUGGGAUACAGCUGGACAAGAAAGGUUUAGGACUAUCACUCAAAGCUACUACAGAAGUGCCAAUGCUGUCAUCAUAACAUAUGACAUUACAAAGAAGGACACCUUUAAAAAUGUUGUACGAUGGACAGAAGAUGUAAAAAAAUAUGCUCCCCCUAAUGUCAUCAAAUUACUUGUUGGAAACAAGACUGAUAUUGCUGAAGACCGCGAGGUCAGCAUUGAGGAGGCGAGCUCUUGUGCUGCACAUUACAGUAUGGUUGAUGCAUUGGAAGCUUCAGCUAAGGAUGCAACAAACAUAGAAAAUGCAUUCAUGCGUGUGGCCAGAGAAUUGAAAAGCCGCUACGAAAAUGGGUCUCAUCUGCAGGCAAGCAUUAUGGAGGGAGAUGUAAUUUUAGAAUCAAAAAGCAUACAUACUAGGUGGUGUUGUGGUUAGACAAGGUCCAAAGUUGCACAGAAUGGAACAUUUUAACAUCAGGAAUCAAAAGUCCUGGAACAUUUUACAUAAAUGAAUGUUUGGAUGUAACCUAACCCACAUGUAGCACAUGUAGGGCAUGUAUAUGUUAGCAUUUGUCCAACUUUUAUAGUGGGCUUUUAUGGGUUACAAUCUUGCAAAUGUCUUAUAAUUGUUCGCAGACAUCCUUUCUUUGGGGACAAGUUUCUGUCUGCAUGAUAUACAGUAGAAGGUAGUGAGUUCUAGAGAGGUAGCAUUGGAAAAGAGCAUUCAUUGGGGCAUUCAGUGAUACGGCAACAAGUCACUUUUUCGGUGUUAAGUUUGCUUCUUUACUGAGACAAAAUUAUUCAAGGGUUUCAUUAAGGGCAGGGCACCAGACAAAUUGACCGGGUGUCAGGAUGAUUUGGAUCAUGUGUAAUACACACAGUCAAGUGUCGAUUGAUUGCCUGCCUGGUUUGACCAUCUAGGGAAUGUUUUUUAUUAAAGAAGUUCAGUUCAAACAGUUAAAUUGCCCGCCUGUGAAAACCAGUUGCCCUCCUGCUAAAAACAUUAAUGAAACCCCUGAAUUCAUUUGGUGUUGGCUUUUUGGAUUUAUUUUAUGCUACACUAGUGGAAGUUGCUAAUGUUUUGUUGUGUGUCGAAGGUCAAGGGCAAAAUGACUUCUUGUCGACUUAAAAGUUUUGCAUGUUUUCUCCAUAUUUUUGAAAACAUAUGGGGCAAUGUAAUUUUAAGGCAUUAAUAGGCCCUUUGCAGCUAAGCCAUCAUGUGACCUAUUUUUCAUAAAAUUAUGGGCUAUAACUCAACAAAU